UUAGACACGGAUGCUUGCUUGGCUAACCCAUGUGACACGAAAGCUACCUGCAAAGAUAACCCCGCCCCUGCCCAGGACGCGACCUGUACCUGUAGCCCUGGAUAUACGGGAGAUGGACUUGCAAACUGGCUUGUCGGUGGUUCUAGUUGUUCAGACAUGGACGCCUGCUUGGCUAAGCCUUGUCACACCAAGGCCACCUGUUCAGACAAUUCUGCCCCUGCCCUGGACGCGACUUGUACAUGUUACCCUGGGUAUAUAGGAGAUGGGCUUGCCAAUGGUAGUGGAUGUUCAGGUGUUUGGUUGAAAAGGAAGUCGUCAUGGGUUGUAGACUCUGCCGGUCCACCGUGGGUGGACAACGGAGUGACACACGACGCCACAAAAGCCUUGGAUGGGGACCAAGAAACGUUCUGGAACCCCAUUGGUGCCGAAAAGUCCAACAAUGACUGGUACAUCGUUCUGGACCUCACAGUGCCCAAAACUCUGACCCGCAUCGCAGUAAACAACCUCGGAGACACAACCCAUGACAUUGCAGCAUUCAAGUUGCUGAAGUCGCAGGAUGGGCUCACGUGGGAACACGUCGUGUCCGUUACUGACGUGGAGACAGGGACGGGCCGGCGUCAGGAGUUCGGCGGUUUCGAGGGAACAGCGCGGUACUGGAGGUUCGUGGUCACACAGACCCAUUCGGGUUGGCAGCCAUAUCUCACAGAAUUGUAUCUCUACGGAUUGUUAUCAGGUGCAAAUGUCGCCCUGGGGAAGACAGCGUUUCAAACAAGCUACCACAGUGGGACUAGCGGCAGCGUUGCAGUAGACGGGAACACCGCUACCGACUACUUUUCAGGUUCCUGUACACAUACAGAAGGAGAGGCUAAUCCAGCCUGGUGGGUGGAUCUCGAGCAAUCGUAUGCGGUUGAUAGAGUGGUCAUCUUUAACCGCCAGGACUGUUGCGCUGAACGACUCAACCCAUUUAACAUCCACAUCGGGGACUCCCCCCAGCUGACCACGAACCCCAGGUGUGGCGGUGACAUUCAAAUCGACGUGAGCCAGCCGGCCAUUUCCGUCUCCUGUGAGGACAUGAAGGGUCGCUAUGUUGGCGUACGUCUUCCCGGAGCCUCCCGAGUACUGACCCUGUGCGAAGUCCAAAUAGUUCCUGAUUACCCGAUGAUGUUGAAGAAUCUUGGCUGUUGGGAAGAUCAAUAUGACCGGGCUAUCUCGAUGAUGGAGGGUACAGAUCCCCGAUUGGACGGCCACUCGUACUUGUUGCGUACCGACCCUAUCAAGAAAUGCUACCAAGUGGCAAAGGAUCGCGGUUACAAAGUCUUCGCCGUGCAGGAUAGUGGCCAAUGCUUUUCUUCGGCAACAGCUGCAGAUACUUACAGAAAGUACGGUCCUUCAACCGGGUGUGCCGAAGGCGAGGGAGGAUCCUGGAGCAACGAUGUGUAUGAAAUCAUCGAUGCAUGAAUCAAUCAAUCAAUGAAGUAGUCACUAAGAUGUUGUAUAGUGAAGAUAAUCUUUAUUUACAACUAAGACAUACAGUCAUAAUCGACGUUUCAGUUUCAGUCUUUUAACCUUCUAUGAGGCAAUAAUGACUUAUACUAUUCCACAAUACAGCCAGAUGUCGCUCCUACCGAUGACGUCUUAUAGUAAAGAAUUGUUAUAAUUAUGAGGUCCAAAAAGUUGAAUAUUGUCACAUACAUUAAGGCCAUUAUUGGCCAUAUAUCAAAGACUGUAAUUUCUGCUGUGACGUUUUGUCAUGUAGUUGGUUAUGAGUAAAGAAUUGUUCUAUUUUUAGGUCAAAAGGUUAAAUAUUGUCACAUACUUUAAGGCAAUUAUUAGCCAUAUAUCAAAGACUGUAUUGUCAGCUGUGACGUUUUAUCUUGUAGUUGGUCAUUAAUAAAGAAUUGUUCUCCUGUAAUUCUCAAACCUAAUGAAAAUAUUCACCCCAAAAAACUUGGGUUAAAAACUCCAAAGAAUGGAUUUAAAUAUAGACAAUGAAUGAGAUGUUUUGCAUCUUGUGUACAUUACAUGUUGUGAUUUAAGUUCCUAAAUUGUUAAGAUAAUGAUGAUAAUAUUAAAAUAUUUGCCCGCUUUUUUAAGUAAAGAAAUACAUUAAAAACAUUAUUCAGGAAUAUAAUGUUAGCAGAUCACGCUUUUGAUUUCUUUUACAAAAUUUUAGUCACAAAAAAAAAAACUAAAUUCUUUUUAUUAUUCUCUUGGAACUUGGCUUGCAGACAAAUAGAGAGGUAGAUAGACAGAGAGGAAGCCAGACAAGGAUACAGACGGACAGGGUUGCAGAGAAACAUAGAGGCAGACAGACAGGCUUGGAGACAGAUAAGGAGGUAUACAAAGUGGAAGCCAGGCAAAGAUACAGACGGACAGGGUUGCAGACAGACAGAGAGCCAGACAGACAGGAUUGCAGACAAAAAGAGAGGUAGACAGACAAAAAGGAAGCCAGACAGGGUUGCAGGCAGACAAACAGGCUUACAGACAGACAGAGAGGCAGACAAAGAGGAUUGCAGACAGAUGGGGAGGUAGACAGACAAAGAGGAAUCCAGGCAUGGUUGCCGACAGAGUUAGAUGCAGACAGGCAGGCUGGCGGACAGAUAGAGAGGUAGCCAGACAAAGAGAAAGCCAUAUGGGGUUGCAGAUAGGCAGGCAGACAAGUAGAGAGACAAAGAGAAGGCUAGACAAGGAUACAGACAAACAGUGUUGCAGACAGGCAGGCAGACAGGGUUGCAGGCAGUGAGGUAGACAAACAAGAAU